UUUGAAGUGGCCGAAGGACGUUUCUAACCAGCCUGAUACCUUGCUAGACUAUCUCAGCCAGUAGUAGGACAGGUAUACACAGUCUGAUCCUAUGAACCGACUACUCAGGCCUAUAAGCGGUCAAACGCCCUCAGAGCGAACGAUUACAUGUUGCUGCCGAUGCCAGAAAAGCUACGCCUUAUACAGUACUAAUCCUAGCCACGCAAUCUACCACAUCCAUAUUUACGCCAUCGCCAUUGGCACCAGCCACCGCCCAACGCAACACACCCAUCCCAUAACCCCAACUGGCUCCGACGGCCCAUCAUCUACGCAACGAGAUCACGGCAAACUAGUCCAUAGUCAGUCUUCACAAUCAUUAGAACCCAUACCCAUAACCAUGACACAAAAACCUCUCCCCAGCUCGGCACUAGGAAGAACUCACAGAAUCCAAAUUGCAGCACUUCGGCUGCUUGCGAAUCUCCUUACAAAGGAUGAUAAAAUCAGGAAGGCUAUGCGGAUUCGCAGGGGCUAAACGAGUUUCGUAUCUGUAAGUCCAUAUUCUGCAGUUUGGGAAAGAUGGCAACGCCACACGUACGAGACUGGCACUGGUGCGGAUCGGCGGCGUCGGUGCCGCAGCACAUCGGCGCACUCCACGAGCCGACGCUGCAGACGGAUUGGAAGCCUUGGC